CGGACAUCUCACGGAUCGGUGUGUGCUCUGUGCUGUAUACGCAGCCUCCGAGCAGUAUAAAACUCAAACCGGAGCAGGAUCAGCGAUCACAAGUAUUGCAGAGUUGAGACCGUAGCUAUCGCGUGCAGCCUGCCUGUUUUGUGAGAGCUCUUAACAGUGUCAAGUGUACCGAGUGACCAGCCAACACGAAAAUGACCGUUAACGAGAAAACCCCACUAGUGCCCCAGGAGUACCAGAAAAAAUCCUACGUCAUUUCGAUACCACAAGAAGAUUACAACAACAACACCACCACGAGUCUAAUUAGUGAAUAUGAUACGUACGCUUUGACGAAGGACGAAUUGGCCAAGUUCAUUGACGACCCGUUCUGGAACCGCGUGCGGCAAAUUUGCUUCUUCUUGUACUGGUUAAUUUGUCUGGUAGCGUUGGCAAUAUCAUGUUACAUUGCCGCGUCCGCCCUGGAGGCCGGGUUUUGCGAAACAACGAACAACGGAGCUUUUUCGGAGAAUAUGACGACAGUGGUAAAUACGGUUGCGGCCGAUAGUGCCACGCAAACAGCGACGGGAGACAUCGGUAUAAUCUUGCGUCUGCUCAGUCAACCGUCCUGAGACAACAGUCUUGCAUAAAAAGCAGAGCAUCCGAUAGCUGUGAUAGCACUUAGCCUUACUCUAAUUUCUAACGACAAGAUUAGUCUCUCAAUCGCAAAAUAUUUAUUUUAACCGAGUCGCAUAGGCGCAUCCAAUCGGACCAUCUGGAUCGUUUAUACGAUUGCAUUAUCAAGCUAGCGAAGGAAAAAAACACAACGCACAGAUGAGCAAACAAUGGUUCUCGGUACAUGCGUGGAGUGUUGGACCCCUCCUCAGAUCGCUUAUCAAUUUACCUUAGCGCGCAUGACUGAACGAUGAAACUCGAGAUCGCCUCUCGUUCUGGGCCGAUAGCGACAAGCCGGUUCGAAGCGCAUUUCCAGUCGUAAACAGUGUGUUGGCACAGGGACGAUUAGAACGAUUGCAUGUGGAAAAUAACUGAUGUAACAUUUGGGGAAAAUUUCCUCAUCCUUGUCGCCAAUGGUGGUUUUAUUAAUCAGUGAUGACCUUUGCUAUGUAUAAAACGAAGCAAUAAUACAUUACAAAGACCUGUAAACUUUAUCGUUUUAAA